UCAAGCCGACAAAAAGCUACUCGGAAAUACAAUUCCAAAUAGGGCAUAGUUCAAAAAUUGUAGGCGGAUGAAUGGGCUCUGAUGAAAGGCAGAUCACUUGGGCUACGACGUCACUUCAGGUGGUCCGUAACCUGUCAAGAAACGGGAUAAGUGGCGGCUACUACUGUAGCUAGGUUAGAUGUCAUUUUGUCAACGUUCUGGAAAAAGUAAUCUAUUAACGAGGAGUUUGAAAAUGUUAAGCAGAUGUUUCCACUUCCGUGGUUUUAUACCAGUUGGUUUUAAAGAAGAAAUUGUGAAACAAGCAGCAAUAGCGGUACCAGCGGAACAGUUGACAAGUGAAAUAUAGGACAAUGCCACAGAAAAGUUGUUGUAGGAUGCGGCAAUGGCGCGGAACAGAAGUCUGUGGCUCUUUUUAUGGACUAUUCCGUACCAUUAAUAAGUACCUUGUUCUGUGGACAUCUGGGAAGGACAGAGCUUGCUGGUGUUGCCCUCGCCAAUGCUAUUAUAAAUGUCACAGGAGUUUCUAUAGGCAUUGGAUUAUCAUCAGCUUGUGACACGUUAAUGUCUCAGACGUUUGGAAGUGGCAAUGUGAAGAGAGUGGGAGUCAUUUUACAGAGGGCCAUUCUGAUUUUGCUGCUGGCAUGUGUCUUGAGCUGGACCAUUCUCCUGAACACUGAACCUAUCCUGCUGGCCAUCGGUCAGGAUCCACACGUUGUGAAGAUCUCACAAAAGUAUGUGAAGAUAUUCAUGAUAGCACUACCAGCAUCAUUUGCUUAUCAACUUGAGUCAAGAUAUCUUCAGAUCCAGGAGAUAAUCUGGCCACAGGUGAUAUGUGGGGUAGUGGCAGUUUGCAUCAGUGCACUCACUAACUACAUAUUCCUGUUUGUCCUGGGCCUUGGUGUUGCUGGUUCAGCUGGAGCAAAUGCCAUCUCCCAAUAUUCCAUGGCUAUAACACUUUUCCUUUACAUUCAAUGGAAAGGCCUUCAUAAAAUCACGUGGGCAGGCUGGUCUAAGGAGUGCCUGCAGGAGUGGGGCGACUACAUCCGUCUAGCCAUCCCCAGCUUGAUCGUGGUCAGCAUAGAGUGGUGGACUUUUGAGCUUGGGGGAUUUCUGGCGGGACUGUUAAAUGAAGUGGAAUUGGGGACCCAGGCCAUUGUCUAUGAACUGGCAAAUGUUGCCUUGAUGAUUUCAUAUGGUUUUAGCAUUGCAGGCAGUGUAAGAGUGGGCAAUGCCCUAGGGGCUGGGGAGACUGAGAGUGCUAAGCGUUCUGCCAAGGUAUCCAUAGCAUGUGCACUCUUAGUCUCUGUGUGUGUAGCCAUUAUUUUUGGGGCAACAAAGGAUGUAAUCGCCUAUGUCUUCUCAAAUGAUGAGCAAGUAAGGAACAGAGUUGCCCAGGUGAUGGUCAUCUACGCUCCCUUCCACAUCAUAGAUGCACCAGGGCAAGCAGCAAGCAGUAUCAUGAAAGGCUUGGGGAAGCAGAAGAUUGGGGCCAUAUGCAGCACCUUGAGCUACUAUGGAAUUGGUCUCCCUAUCGGAUUGUCUCUAAUGUUUGCGGCAAAGCUUGGUGUGACGGGUUUCUGGGUCGGUCUUCUCAUCUGUGUCUUCUUUCUGUCGGUGUUUGUCAUAACCUAUCUCAUUAAAAUGGACUGGAGGAAAGCGACCGAGGAGGCCUUAGAAAGAGCUGGGGUGGAGGUGAAUUGCACAGAAACAGAGGAGAGCCCCGAGGAACAGCAGCUUUUGGAUGACACAGCUGAGGAUCAUAGUGACACACAUGCCCUGCUCGAGGCUUCGGAUGUGGUGGCUGUGACCACUGUUGGGAGACUGUUGUCAACCAGGGAGCUGGUGCUACGCCGAGGGCUGGCACUAGGUGUCACUCUCACCAUUUUUACUGCAGGAGUCAUUGCUCACCUGCUGCUGUCCAGGGAUGACUAGGACAUCCCAAAGCUAAGCUGAUAGUAUACUCUGUGUGUAUAUAUAUAUAUAUAUAUAUAUAU